CAUGGAUCAAUACUUUUCCAUAGGGCAACGGCAACUAUACUUAGGUCCCAGUCAUCCUAUGCAUAACUACACUGUUACUUAAUCUUUAUACUAAUCUUGGCUCAAGAUUUCUGCAAUCGACCACUGAAUCCUGCACAUGCCUUCGGACCUGAAAUGGAGGCGAAUACUGACGUAACCCAUCAAACCCGAGUGACUUCGGGGAUUCAACAUAGCGAUAAUGAACGGUGCCAGAAUUUAAGUGGACCCAAUCAGUGUCAGGGCGGCAAUUCCAGUUAUGGCUCUUUGGGCAAAAUGGCUAGUGCUACUGUAGAAAACGGUUUCCAUACGCUGCAGAGCGAACUGGAGUCAGUAUCUUCCCACAAUCGCAGAUCGUCCACAGUAGCUGGAAGUUCGAGUGCCCCGAUUGAACCUGGAAAAGUUAAGAAAAUGGGUAUUCACUGGGCACCGCUAAAUAUUGGUCUGGAACGUCGCCUGCAAACAUUCGUGGUUUUGUGCCAUACUUUGACCAUCGCCAUUUUUCUCACGGGCUUCUUCUUCACAUGUGCUAUCCCCCUAUCUUGGCCUGUUCUCUUGCCUUACCUAAUAUAUAUAUCACUCUUCUCGACGUCUGCUACGUCAGGCACGUUAAGUGGCCGGAGCAACUACUUGCGGUCUCUUCGCAUCUGGUCAAUUUAUGCAUCCUAUUUCCCGGCUCGCUUACAUCGGUCUGAACCUCUUUUGCCGACACGGAAAUAUAUCUUUGGAUACCAUCCCCAUGGAAUUAUCUCACAUGGUGCUUUUGCGGCAUUUGCGACCGAGGCACUCGGCUUCUCUAAGCUUUUCCCAGGAAUCACCAAUACUUUGCUUACCCUCGAUUCGAACUUUCGCAUUCCUUUUUACCGAGAGUAUGCUCUUGCUAUGGGUGUUGCUAGCGUCUCACGUGAAUCAUGCGAGAACCUUCUUACUAAAGGUGGUGCGGACGGCGAAGGCAUGGGGCGUGCCAUCACUAUUGUCAUCGGUGGUGCCCGCGAAUCCCUCGAUGCCUUACCGAACACACUGCGCCUUGUGCUCAAAAGGCGUAAGGGGUUCAUAAAGCUUGCCAUCCGCACUGGUGCCGAUCUUGUCCCUGUGCUAGCCUUCGGCGAGAAUGAUCUUUAUGAACAAGUGCGUUCAGACCAGCAUCCCCUCAUACACAAAUUUCAAAUGCUCAUAAAACAUACCAUGGGCUUCACAAUCCCAUUGUUCCACGCUCGUGGGGUCUUUAACUAUGAUGUGGGCUUGAUGCCAUACCGUCGCGCGUUGAACAUUGUUGUUGGUUGUCCUAUACAAGUUGUUCAGCAACAAGAUAGAGAUAAGAUUGACGACGAUUACGUUAAUUACCUGCAUGCUAAGUAUAUGCAGGAGCUUGAAAGAUUGUGGGAGCAAUGGAAGGAUAUUUAUGCCAAGGACAGAACGUCAGAACUUGAAAUCGUUGCGUGAUAUAAUUGCCAUUUACCGAAUAACCUAACCUUGUCGCACAUUUAUGCGAAUACCAUACCUUUUGCUGCAAUAGAUCAUAUAGAAGAAAGGGUUUGUUAACGUCAUCUGUCGAACAUGUGACCCCUCAAAGUCGAGAAAUUUUCUAGUCCCCAAUCAAGGUCCUGCUAAGCUGCAC